AUGACACACGGGGAGGCGGUCGAAAGGCAAAUGUCCAAAAAGAAUGUGCUGUGGUUAUGAUUCACCUGGAAGCCACAUUUUGAUCAGAUUUAUAAAACUAGACAACAUUUAGCCUAUCGGGUUCUUUUCAGUAAUGGGGACGCUAAAAGAACGCAGUAUCAAAUGGACUUCGUCGACGGUAUUUGAAUGAGUCCAGAAUCAUUUCUACUGGUCUGAAAGAAAAUAUCGUUCAUGUGUUCAAGCCUGGUGGUGAAUCCGUCUACCAGCCCUGGUGAGUUGCUGCUGUAUCGUGGGACGACAGUGAUUAGAGCGGACGGACGUGGUUCUAUCCAUAUCCACACGAGUAGAAGUUUAGCGCCGUGAUUACAUUUUUUUUUGCCCGUGUGUUAGUGCAAAGAGGCGCAUCUAUAUUUCCCUAAUGAAAAUUACUCUUUGGAACGGUUCCCGGGUCGUGACAGAGAUUAUGUCGAGUAAAAGUGUGGAAUGGCUUCAAGAGGAACUUGAGUCCGGGCUCGGGGUGAGCUCGCUACUGCUGCUGGACUGCCGAUCGCACGAGCUCUACGAAUCAUCACACAUAGAGUCGGCCAUCAAUCUGGCGAUUCCCGGUUUGAUGCUGCGGAGACUGAAGAAGGGGAAUCUACCGAUCCGGUCCAUCAUCCCCAACAACGAGGAUAAGGAGAAAUUCGUGAAGCGGUGCAAGACGGACAUGAUUCUUCUCUACGACGAGGCCACUACGGACUGGCAGGAGACCGGGCUGGUGAGCUCUGUCCUCGGCUUACUGCUGCAGAAGCUCCGGGACGACGGUUGUAAGGCUUUUUACCUGGAAGGUGGUUUCAACAAGUUCCAGACAGACUACCCAGAACACUGUGAGAUCAACCUUGACUGUUCCUGCCCCAGCAGCUCCCCGCCGGCCUCUGUCCUGGGGCUGGGUGGGCUGAGGAUCAGCUCGGACUGUUCUGAUGGGGAGUCAUCGGACAGAGAGCCGGGCAGCGCUACCGAGUCCGAGGGAAGCCCUCUCCCCAACAACCAGCCUGCCUUCCCGGUCCAGAUCUUACCGUACCUCUACCUGGGCUGUGCCAAAGACUCCACCAACCUGGACAUCCUGGGGAAGUAUAAUAUUAAGUACAUCCUGAACGUCACGCCCAACCUGCCCAACAUGUUUGAACAUCACGGAGACUUCAAGUACAAACAGAUCCCCAUUUCCGAUCACUGGAGCCAAAACCUCUCGCAGUUUUUCCCAGAGGCCAUUUCUUUCAUUGAUGAAGCUCGCUCCACAAAGUGUGGUGUCCUGGUGCACUGCCUGGCGGGGAUCAGUCGCUCGGUAACGGUAACCGUGGCCUACCUGAUGCAGAAGCUCAACCUGUCGCUCAACGACGCGUACGACUUUGUGAAACGCAAGAAGUCCAACAUCUCGCCCAACUUCAACUUCAUGGGUCAGCUUCUGGACUUUGAGAGAACGUUGGGGCUCAGUAGCCCAUGUGACAACCACACCUCCACCAAUGACCAGCUGUUCUUCACCACGCCAACCAAUCAUAACGUGUUCCAGCUCGACACGCUGGAAUCUACAUGAAAGCCGGGGGAGGGGCGAGACUUGAGCGGCCAACUUGGAUGUGAAUGUUUAUCUUCUGAUCGUCAGAGGCUGGCUGGCUUUGACAGCGGAUAGUCUGGGAUGGUGGAUGGACAUGGGAAGAGGACAGGGGCAGAACAGACGCCAAAUAGAAGUCUGUCUGGCUUGUUGAAUCAUUCUCAGAGAGGAAGAGGAGGAAGUCUGUUUGGCUUGUUUAAUCAUUGGUCUCUCAGAGAGGAAGAGGAGGAAGUCUGUUCUGCUGGUUCAUCUCCACAGCGGUCUGGGAAGCGCCUUAUCUUGUCAUCUUUUUGACCAGCCUGUUAUUUUAUGUCUAAGGAAGGAAGUCCUAGAUGUAGACUGAUUCAUACAGAACAGAACCGUACAGAGAAUCAUACAAAGAUGGGUAACACAGAUAGAUGGAUCUGCCUGCAGUUGAUUCAUUGAUUGAUUGUCGUCCUCUUGGACAAGCUCCUCAUCAACAACGUUUUGAUGAUGCUGAUGAUGAUGAUGGUGCCAAUGUGUUGGAGGGUCCUGGAUUCACCCGUAUGGAGCUGGUCUCCCUCUAUUGAAUGUUGGUCAAAUUUUUUAACAAACUUAAGUUAUUAUUAAAACGAAACACAAGUCUGUUCAAGUGAUGCUAAUAGCAAUGUAAUUACAAGUACGUAUUAUCAGUAUGAAUGUAUGUAUGUAUGUAUGCAUUUGUAUAUUUGAAUAUAUUUACACACAAAUGCAUGUAUGUCUACUGCUAUACUCUUACCUGUACAAAAACACACUAACAGCUGAAGGAGAUAGUAUAACUAAAGAGAAAACAGAUCAACAGAAAAUAACUUUUUGAUAAUAUUCUGGUUGUUUUUGUAAUUUCUUUUCUAUGUUUGUAAAGAUGACCUAAUGCAGUUUGCACAGUG